AUGGUCAAGCUCAUGUUGAUCUCGCCGCGCAAGCUCUUCGAGCAAAGCUUCCUCGCCGGGACCAUCUUUGCCGUCGCAGCGCUCACCCUCCUCGUCGACCUCGCGAUCAUCGCGCUCCGUGGCUACGCCUUCAAUCUCGUCUCGGGCUGGACUGGACUGAGCGAACUGGGCGACGGGCUCGAAGCCAUCGCCUACUCCUGCCUCGUCGCACUCGUCUGGUACAUCGUCCUCGCCUUCCUCCUCGUCGACGUCAUCGCGACGCUCUUGCUCCCCUCGCGGGACUUGCAAGAAGGCGCGGUCAUCUCGUUUGGCGUCAUCGCCAUCAUGCAGAUCCCGCUCGUCGCCCUCUUCCUCAAAUGGGAACUCUCCUGGCUCAACUCCAUCACCCUCCAAACAGCCUGCUGGCUGAGUCAACAUUCGAUAUCCUGCGAAGAUUGGUGGACCGCCGUUCGCGUCUUCUCACUCACGACCGGCAUCUCAGGACUGGUACUGCACCUUCUCCUACUCGCUCUUUGCGCGUGUUACGUCCAUACGAGGCCGGCGACGGGCGCGGGGUUGCUUUGGACUCGGACGAAGAAGCAUGGGCGAGGGAGGUUUGCGCGGAGGAAGAAGGAAGCGAAGGAGGGGAAGACUGAGAGGCGGCAGAAGAAGGGCGAUUCGGCGCCAUCGACGACGAAGGGCAGGACGGGAAGGUACGACGGCGACGGGAGCGACAGCUCGGAUGGAAGUCUGGAUGGAGUACCGCCGCCGGCUUCGACAAUUUCGCCUCCUCAGCCUCGCUCGACAGCUUCCGACGUCCAUACCGACUCCGGUUCGGACUCGGCGGUCGAGAAGCAGCCUUUGCGGCGGUAG